AUGAAGAAAGAUAUUGAUGAGUGUGCAGAGGGGAUCAUUGAGUGUCACAACCAUUCACGCUGUGUUAACCUCCCAGGGUGGUACCACUGUGAGUGCAGAAGCGGUUUCCAUGACAAUGGAAGCUUUUCUCUUGCCGGGGAGUCCUGUGUUGAUAUCGAUGAGUGUGCCUUAAAGACCCACACCUGUUGGAAUGAUUCAGCCUGUGUGAACCUGGCAGGAGGGUUUGAUUGCCUUUGUCCGUCUGGACCAUCUUGCACUGGAGACUGUCCCCAUGAAGGCGGCUUCAAGCGGAACGGGCAGGUGUGGACCCUGAGAGAGGACAGAUGCUCCGUUUGUUCCUGCAAGGAUGGGAGGAUUUUCUGCCGGAGGACAGCCUGUGACUGCAAGAACCCCAGCGCUGAUCUCUUCUGCUGCCCGGAGUGUGACACCCGUGUCACCAGCCAGUGCCUCGACCAAACUGGGCACAAGGUCUACCACAGUGGGGACAACUGGACCUACAGCUGUCAGCAGUGCCGUUGCCUGGAAGGAGAGGUAGAUUGUUGGCCUCUUCUGUGCCCAAAUCUAAACUGCGAGUACACAGCCAUCUCGGAAGGCGAGUGCUGUCCCCACUGUGUCAGUGACCCCUGUCUGGCUGACAACAUCACCUACGACAUCAGGAAAACCUGUCUAGAUGGCCAUGGAAUCACAAGACUUAGCGGCGCUGUAUGGACAAUGGUCGGAUCUCCUUGUACAACCUGCAAAUGCAAGAAUGGGAACGUCUGCUGCUCGGUGGAUUUAGAGUGUCUCGACAAUAACUGACCUAGUCAGACUGGACUGUGCCAAGGGAGGAAAACUGAUGAAGUUGACACCUGAAAUGAAGUCGUAUGCGUUGGCGUUUUAUACAACAGACAAUUACCAAAGUCUCCGCAUGAGGAAGAUGUUUGGGAGUUGCCUUUGGGACCUAUCACUAUGCUCAUCCUUGCUAGCCUUGUCUGGGUGACUUACAGUACAGCGCAUAUAAGUCAAUGGUUGUUAAAAGUUUUCAGUGUUGUAAAUUACACACUUUUCCUGUCAAGACAUUUGCAAAUAUGUUUAAAUUAUUUCAUGGGUAAACAAAUGCUGUAUUUUUGUUUUAAUUUGUGUAUUGACAACAUGCUAGAAUUCAGCUCUUCUUACUUUGAAUCUAGAUUUUACAAAUAAGACAGCCUGUUGUGAUUUUGUCCCAUGAUCUCACGUACUUAGUUCCAAGGUCCCUGUCAGAUGUAUUUAUGAAAAUAUGUAUGUAUGUACAGUCAAAUUGCAUAGUACUUAUAUUUCACAGC